ACAUGGUUUGUAAUAGGUAAUGGAUUCACAGUCACAAAAUGCGCUUGUAAUUGUACAAUCAAAGUUUUCGUGGGAUGAAAAUGUUAAAAAUGUAUAUAUAGGUGCGAUUAUUUCAGAAAGUCACGAACAAGAAAAACGAAUUCUUGCAAUAGUUGAAAAAAAUGGAUCGUUAGGAUUUUUUGUAAUAAUCAGUACUCGUAGUGAGCCUACAAGUAUUUCGGAUUUAACUAUUGAACGUGCAAUUCCCAUUGAUCGUGAUUUUAAAUUUGAAAUAGAAGAUACCGAACCUUUAUAUCGGGACGCAAAUUUAAUUCCAAUUGUUAUAAAAUCAUCAAAAAUAAAAUUAAAUAUUUGCCUGGAUUCAAGUAUACCCGCGUCAGACUUUGGUACAGCAUUAUUUCAGUAUUUAGAUGAAAUAAAAAUUAAUAAACAUCGUGAUUAUUCCUGGAUACAGAAAUAUAACGGCAUUCGAUCCAACAUGGAAAGUGGCAGCCUAAAUCCUUUCAAUCAGGCAGAAGUCGGAGAGAUGGACUCACCGGAUAUUGUUAUUCCACGCCAGAAAAUAGCUCAGGGAUGUGUGAAUGGAACAGCGCGUGAUGCUAUUUUUCGCUAUCAAAUGGCUAUGAAAGAAAAUGAUUACACUCAUUUACAAGAUAUUAGCGUAUUGGUGGCGACAUGGAAUGUAAAUGGUCAACCUCCGGUAAAUGUUUCGCUACGGCCAUGGCUUGCUGCUGAUGCAACGCCACCCGAUGUUUAUGCAAUUGGUUUCCAAGAAUUAGAUUUAAGUAAAGAAACAUUCAUAUUCAAUGAGACACGCCGCGAAGAAGAAUGGCGAGAGGCUGUUGUUAAUUCAUUACAUCCUGGUGCUCGAUACCGUCAAGUGGCUUUAGUACGCUUAGUUGGUAUGAUGUUAAUUGUGUUUGUACGCUAUGAAUUAUUUUCAUAUGUUAGCAAUGUUGCUACUGACACCGUUGGAACUGGAAUUAUGGGAAAAAUGGGCAAUAAAGGAGGCGUUGGAAUUCGAUUAGAUCUCCAUAACACCUCACUAUGUUUUGUAAAUUCACAUUUAGCUGCUCAUACCGAAGAAGUUGAACGUCGUAAUCAAGAUUACCACGAUAUUUAUGCUCGCAUGAGUUUCGUCCGUCCAAAACCGCAUACAAUUCGUGAUCAUGAUCAAAUUUAUUGGUUAGGAGAUUUGAAUUAUCGUAUUACUGAAUUAUCAGCACGUGAAGUUAAAGAACGCUUGUCACGUGGUGAAAUGGAUUCAGUUUUGAUCGCAGAUCAAUUAAAUCAACAACAUACUCAAGGGAAAGUGUUAACUGGAUAUACAGAAGGUCGUAUAACGUUUCAACCGACUUAUAAAUAUGAUCCCGGUACGGAUCAUUACGAUACAAGUGAAAAAGCACGUGCGCCUGCAUGGUGUGAUCGAAUUUUAUGGAAAGGUAAAGGAAUUGAACAAAAUGCAUAUCGUAGUCAUCCUGAAUUGCGUAUCAGUGAUCAUAAACCUGUUAGUGCUGUGUUUACAUCUCAGAUUCGUGUAAUUGAUGUAGCAAAAUAUCGCAAAAUUCACGAAGAAGUUUUAAAAAAAAUGGAUAAAUUAGAAAAUGAAUUUUUACCACAAGUCACCGUAGAUCGUAAUGAAAUAUUCUUUGGUACAGUUCGAUUUAUGGAACCCUUGGUCCAAGAAUUAAUUAUUGCUAACACUGGUCAAGUUCCUGUACAAUUUGAAUUUAUAAAAAAAUUAGAUGAUACCAGUUAUUGUAAGGAUUGGCUGCGAAUCAAUCCGUACAAUGGCGAAAUUAAACCAGGCGAAAAAUGUGAUAUAAUGCUAGAAGUUCAAUUAAAAUCAGCCGAAGAAGAAUUAUACGAUAUUCUUGUGUUGCAUUUAAAUGGUGGGAAAGAUGUUUUUAUUACAGUCAAAGCAAAAUGUCAGCGUUCAUCAUUUACAACUCCUCUUACACAAUUAUGUCGACUAGGUGUACCAGUAGCUUAUGUCACGCCCAACCAUCUUCAACAAAUGAAAAAUGGUCCAAAUUUAUAUGGAAUUCCACGUGAACUAUUUUUAUUGGUGGAUCAUUUAUAUCGGCAUGGUUUAAAAACACGUAAUUUAUUUGAACGUCGUGCGAUACAAAGUGAGCUGAUUCAAGUACGUGAUUGGUUGGAUUCAGAUGGACCGGAUCCUCCACCAACGCAUGCCUAUGUUGUGGCUGAAGCUUUAUUGUUAUUCUUGUUAUGUACACCAGAACCUGUUAUUCCACAUCGAUUACUUAAUCAAUGUAUAGCGUCCGGUCCAACAUAUGCUCAUUGUAAACAGAUUGUGUCACAAUUGCCAGAAGUAGAGCGUAACGUAUUUUUAUACGUUUGUCUCUUUCUUCAAGAAUUACUUCAUUAUAGUGCAGAUAAUGGAGCUGAUGCCAAAACAUUGUCAACUAUUUUUGGUGAUGUACUAUUACGAUCACCGAUACCGAAUCCAAAACCUCAGGCCAGUAGAUCCAAAGCGGAAUUUGUUCAUCAUUUUCUUGUCAAUGACCAUAGUGAUUUAAUUGCAAUGAAUCGUUAAGCAUUAAUAGAAGACCCAGUGUGUACUUAUCACGCAUUUUUUAAACAUAUAGUCUAGUCAACAAGCAUUAUUUUGGGACGAAAUUGAUCUAGUUUUCGGAAAAUUAUGAUCAAGAUGUCAUUUGAGUCGAAAUUAUGUUUAGAAACUUUUCGGACACAAUUGAAGAUGUUGUGGUAAAAAUUACAAAAGUUAUAAACAAUUUAAUAACAAAAAGAAGGGGUUUGGCUUUUUUGCAGAUAUCUCGAAAUCUAUUAAAGAUAUUCGAAAUUUAAAAAAAGAUCCUAGAACAGCUGGUAAUAGUCCUGCCAUUGAGAAUGCUGUUGCUCUGCGCUAUUUUUCCUUUAAAUUAAAAUUAUAAAUAUUGGUGAUAGAGUUUCGGGAGGCAGAACUAUUUUUUAAAAACAAAUUUCUUUCUCUUUAAGGAUCUUUUAUUAAAUUUCUGAUAUCUUUAAUAGUUUCCGGGAACAAGGACGUGAAACUCGAGCGGAGAGGGGAGCAGGAAAAAAGGCGCCUAUCUGGGCGAGAUCUAGGCCUCGUUCGUUGAGUAUUUUGCACUGCGCAUCUGUCUGCCUUUUGUUUUCAAUUAAUUGAAAGUGAUUCAAAACAAUUUCAACUGUGUAAAAAUCGCUUUCUCUCUCAAGACAGCCUGAUGCGCAGUAUAAAGUACGCAACAACUGAUGGGUAGACUCCGCCCAGAAAGGCGCCGUAAAUUCAGCCACGACCCUAUAUUCAUUUGCGUUUUAAAAAAUUUCAAAUCAAAUGAGACCUUGAUCAUAAUUUCCCAAAAUUGUACUUGUUAACUUUUAAUAUUCACAGGAUUUUGUAUAGUAGCAUAUGGAAUAUACUCAGCGCGACGUGUUUAGUAUGAAUUCUUUUCGUAUUUCUCUCACGUGAAUUUUAUGAAUUUUUAAAUUACGUUGAAGAAAUUGGAAAAAAAAAAACAUACUUUUCUGUAAUUCGACACGAAAAAAAGAAAUUGAAUUCAAAAAAAUUUUAUUAAUCUUUUGGAAAGCUUUUGAAUUUAACCCUUCAGGUUGAUCUUCUUUCCAAUCAUUACUAUUGAGAUAAGGAAAAUCUCACGCUGUUGGGAAAUAGUACAGUAAAAGAUGUUACAAAAAUCGGCCGGUUCAAGAAAAUGAAUUAACCUCCCUUGCAUUUCGCUAAAACCUGGUGGAAUGUACUUCUUAGGUGCGAGCGGCUUAUUUCAUUUUCCUUAAUUUAUAUAAAGAUAGUCUUUGACUGUACUGCGGUCCGAUAUUUUAGAAAAUAAAAAAUGGAUGAAAAAUUUGGGAUCAUUUGAUACAAUAUUAACUAAAUCGUAGAAUCUCCAUUUUUUUUAGAAUCUAAUCAAAAUAAUAACCAAAUUAAAUACAUUUUUUUAGAGUUUUUUAAAAUUUAUAGUUUUGCGACCAAGCGUGGUUUUAGUGAGUCAUUUGUCAUUUUAGAAAGUCUAAAAAUUUCCCACAUCGCAUCCUCAAUUGUAAGCCUAUUUCGCCUUCUUAAAGCUGUUCCACUUCAAUAGAGUGCCAAAGAUAUAUCGCCUGCCUCAAGUUUGGACUGAUUCCAAAAAGGGUAAAACCGGUUUUAAUUGACAGUCGAUAAACGAGUCUAAAUAGUUCGCAACCCUAAAUAUGUACGUUUUCUCAUCAGGAAACUCAUUUCAGAAGACUGAAAAUUUGCUCAAAUGAAGAACUAUGCUUAAAAAUCAUAUCGUCCGCAAUAUGGGGGGGGGGGGUUGUUGCUGUUGUUUGGUUUGUGGAAUAAUAACCUCCCACCUACAUUCGGCCGAUCUCACACCGACUACAUUUCUUUAGAAUUUCUGUCGAUUCGAUUCUACCCUUUCUGGAAUCAGUUCAAACUUUAGACAGACAAUACAUCUUUGCCUCUCUAUUAGGGCUAAAGUUCUUUCUGAAAUAACUCACUAAAAUUACGCUUGGCCACAAAACGGUUAUAAUCAUAUCCUAUACAAAAUUUUUUGGAUGUUUUAAUUAAAAAAAAAAAAAAAAAAUAGGGAACAUGGAAAAAAAUGUUUACCGUGCUCAAUAUUUUCUCAAAAAUUGAGUUCGUCAAAAGAUUUUAAUAUUCAUUAUCUAAAAAUUAGAUAUUUUACUUCUCAAAUGCAUCUUUUUUUUGACGGACUUUAUCCAAUAUAUGUUACCCCUAAAGUACUAAAUGCAAUUUCAAUUUCAACCGGUUAAUAACCGUUUAUUUUGAAUUCAAAUAGUAUUUCGUAAUUUAAGCGUAACAUUUUUUUAAUGUAUUUUUAAAGAGCUUUAAAUAAUCCAAAAAAAUAUCAUUCAAAAUGACAGUAUCAUCAUAUU